AUGUUUGGUAGCACUUCGCCGUUCGGAGGAAGCACGACAAAUCAGGGGCUUUUCGGCUCGACGCAGCAGCAGCCGUCGUCUGCCACUUCUGGGGGCAUCUUUGGCUCAACCCCGCAGAAUCAGCAAACAGGGUCUGCCCUCGGAACAGGCCUCUUUGGGCAGCCUCAGCAACAGCCACAGCAGCAGCAAGGGGGCCUCUUCGGCAGCACGGCGACUCCAGGAGGGGGCCUCUUCGGGCAGCCUCAGCAACAGCAGACAACUGGAGGCUUCUUCGGCAGCACUCCCGCCAGCAACACGGCGGCUGCGGGGGCAUCUGGGGGUGGUCUUUUUGGUAGCGGCAUUGGAUUUGGCCAGCCUCAGCAGCAGCCACAGCAGCAGCAGCAGGCGGGGGGUGGCCUCUUUGGCAGCUCCACAGGCUUCGGGCAACAGCAGCAGCAGCCCUCAGCAGGCGGAGGCCUCUUUGGCAGCAGCACAGGCUUCGCACAGCCUCAACAGCAGCAAACGGGAGGCAUAUUUGGGAAUGCAGCGGCGACAACAACUGCGGGGGGGGGCGGAGGCCUCUUUGGCAGCAGCACGGGCACGUUCGGACAGCCGCAGCAGCAGCAAACGGGGGGCCUCUUCGGGAGUAACACCAACGCAGUUUCAACAGGUCUGUUUAGACAGCCACAACAAAGCACGGGCCUAUUUGGAAGCACUGCGAGCACACAGGCUGGUGGAGGAGGCAUUUUCGGCGCUUCAAAUAGCACCAAUGCAUUAGGUCAAAGUGCUGCCCCUUUCGGAGUGGCGGCUUCUGGUCAACAGCAGCAGCAGCAAGAGCCCUUCAAGCCUCUGCGGGUUGAGGAUGGAUCUGCCGGCACAGAAGGGCUCUUCGGAUCUGCUGCGGCGACGCAAGCCGCAACAGGGAGUGGAUUUGGAGGCGGGGGUCUUUUUGGAAGUACCAGCACGCUGCAGCAACAGCAGCAACCGGCAGCCACGGGCGGCCUCUUUGGGAGUACUGCGCCGGCAACAGGAGCUGUCAGUGCUUUCGGCGGGGGGGGCGGCCUCUUUGGAUCGACAGGAACGCAGCAGGUGCAGCAGCAGGGGCAGCAGCAGCAGACGGGAGGCGGCCUAUUCGGUAGCAGCACAACCGCAGCACCCACGACGGGAGGGGGCCUUUUCGGCAGUAGCACAGGAGCUCUUGGGGGAGCAGGGGGGGGCCUCUUCGGGAAGCCUGCAACAGGCACAGGCUUUGGUGGCAUCAAUAGCGGCACGGGAGGAGGCCUUUUUGGAGGAGCUUCUACGGCGAACUCGGGGGGCAGCGGCCUCUUUGGCACCUCCGGCAGCAACACGGGGACGCUUGGUGGGGGGCUCUUCGGGCAGCAGCAGUCUCAGCAGCAGUCUCAGCAGCAGGCUCAGCAGCAAGGUGGCCUCUUUGGGGCCCUAGGAAGCGGCACAGCGGGAGCUGCAGCAACGGGACAGACAGGCGCAGGUGGCGGCGGCCUCUUUGGCAGCAACACGCAGCAGCAGCAGCAGCAGAGCGGCUUGCUGGGGGGGGGCAGCAGUCUCUUUGGGGCUAAGCCCGCAGCAGGAGCAGCAGGGAGCACCCCUUCUGCUGGGGGAGGUGCUGGGUUGUUCGGAAGCAGCAGCGGCAACACCUCCACCACCACAUUCGGAGGCGCGGGGGGGGGCCUCUUCGGGUCCAUUCGCCCUGCGGGCAGCACACCAGGAAGCGGCGCCCUUGGAGCUCCUGCCACGGGGGGGGGCCUCUUUGGAUCUGCAACAGCAGGCACUGCGAGUGCGAAUUCGAAUACCCCCGGAGGGGGCCUCUUUGGGGGCCUCAGUAAAACGACUGGGAGUACUGGGGGGGGCGGCCUCUUCGGAUCGGGAGGAACCACCAACACUGGUGGAGGGCUCUUUGGCGGCAGCAGCAUGUCGCUGCAGACACAGCAGCCGCAGAGUGGUCUAUUCGGUCUAGGAGGCCUAGGCACAGGCCAGCAGCAGCAGCAGCAGCAGCAGCAGCAGCAGCUUUUGGGGGGGGGGGGGACGCCCUCAGGAGGCAACCUGUUCGCCCUGGGGGGCCUGCUAGGGGCCCCCCAGGUGACUGUGCAGAUAGUGCUGUCUGCCACGAAUACAACAGCCUCUCAACUCUCGUGCCAGCCGAUUAGUAGUGUGGGAGAGAGCUUCUCCCUCGGGGGGGGCCCCCCUCCGCAGUUAGGCCGCCGCUGGUCGCGUCGAUUCCUCUCGGGGGGCACAGCCAGGGGAGCUCUCCCUGUGCCGCUCGCGCAGAGUGCCUCCGGUUUGGGGGCCUCCUUUUCCCUUCCGUCGCAACUGUUGCGCCCUCAGCAAGAGAUUCUGCAGCUCGUCGACUCGCAGGCUGCUGACGCUGGCAGCCGCAACGGCUGGCUCGCCCAGACUAUCCACAGGUCUCUUGCUGCAGUGCAGCAACAGCAACGGAAGAGUCAAUCACUGCUUCCCCUUUCGCUAAAGGACUACGCGCUGCUACACCGCCUGCAACGAGAGACAGGAGGAACUCAUGCGACCCUAAAAGACAAGGAGAAAGAAGGGGCCUCGCGGCUUGAGGACGUGGAGGAAGAGGAGGAGGAGACGCCACAGCGCUUCGACGAGGAGCAGCAGCAGAAGGCGCGGCAGCACACGGCGCAGCAGCGGGAAGGCGAUAUGCUGAUGAGCGCCGUUGCAGCGGCUGCUGCUGCAGCCGCUGCAAAGGCGGCUUCAGCUGCUGCGCAAGCUGGAGCCGGCAGCAGCAGUGGCAGCGGCAGGAUCAGCGCCAGGGGUGACGGCCAAAACAUUCCCUGCAGGGCCUCUCUGGAACUGAGACCGAUCCUUACAAGUCCAGAAUACGAGUGCUCGCCUUCCAUAGCCUCUCUCCAGCAAAUGAGCGAAGAGGAACUGCGGCGCGUUAGAGACUUCCAUAUAAGGCGGCCCGGCUUUGGUAGCAUUCUUUUCCCUGGACAUACAGAUCUCAGGGGAAUCAAUCUGGACCUGGUAGUUCAUAUUGGUUAUCUGGAGGUGAGCGUGUAUGCGGACGCUGCUCCCCCUGUUGGCGUGGGACUUAACAAGACGGCUCAAGUGACGCUGUGCAACUGCAAGCCGAAGCGUGUCUCGAAGGAGGCUGGAGGUUUUGACAUGGCGGCUGCUGGCAACGAUGGUGCGGAGGCAGAAGAGGAGGCAGCAGCAGCAGCUCGUAACGAGCAAUUUGUGGAAAAGGUCAAGAAGUACACCGAAAAGAUGGGUGCCACCUUCCUCUCCCUAGACACCCAUACUUGGGAAUGGCGCUUUGAAGUCGAGCAUUUCUCAGUGUAUAAGUGGAUCGACGAAGAUGCUGCAGUGGAGGCUGAAGGCGCUGUGGCAGCAGAAGCAGCAGAAGCUACGCAAGUGGCUGCCUUUGCCGCUGCUGCUCCCGAUGCACUCCCUCCGAAGGAGCUCGCGCUGCACCUUCACAGGGCCCGUAUCCUUCGGUCGGCACCGCAGGCAUUGCUACUGUCUGCUGUUGCGCAGCAUCAGCAUCAGGAAACGCACAACAAGGCAGCUGAAGCAAACUGUGCAGCAGCUAACCUCGCAGCCUUAGCCUCUGUUGCCAAUGCUGAGGGCAAGCAUGCAUCGGCAUCAGGAGGAGCAAAUCUCCCUGCAACGCCUCGACCGUGGCUCAGAAGACCACCCUUUCCUGUCCGCUGCGCGCCUUCUUUCGGGCCUGGUGGAUUGUGUGCUCUCCCCUUCUUUAGGUCUCCACGCGCACCAGCAGCAGCAGGAACAGCAGCAAGCGAGAGCCGUGGAGCUUACGAGGUUGCAGUGGUGCAGCUGUCUCCUCUGCUGCCGCCAGCUCAGGCACCUAAAGGAUACGUCUGGCCUCAGCCCUUUGCCAAGGAAGCUGCGGAAGCGAUAGCUGCUGCCCGUGCUGAGAAGUCUUCUCGCAGUGACGACAACUGUGUCGACAGCCUCGCCACUACCGGUGGAGCCGUCUGGACAGCCGGGGAGGUUCCUAGGGUUCGAGAGGUGCAAGAGGCUGACGCCUUGCAGGCUGCGGUUGAUGUAGAGACUGCCGCGAGAGAGUACAUCGCCAACUGCAGCUGCUGUGGCAACAGCGGCUGCCCCAAAGGCUGCAGUGGAAAGCCGAAGACUAUAGAAGAAGAAGGCGUUCGCGUUGUGUGGGACCUCAAGGAGGACGUAAGGCUGCAUCUUUUUGAUUCUGGGGUGUCGGUACACCGUGGGCUUGCGGCUGGAGCGGCAGCGGCUGCAGUGGGAGUUGUCUUCGAGGCCCUCAGGGAGAGUGACGACCAUAUUUCUACGCAAACCGAGGAGCUGCUCCUGUUGCGAAUGCUGAAAUUCAUGCAGCAGCAGAACGGCUGCUACUCAGGCAGCAGUGAGGGGGGAAUGUGGCCUCCAGCAUCGCCUUGGAUUCCCCCGUCUGCUGCUGUUGGGGAGUCUUGCUGCCCUCCUGCGGGAGCUUCUGAGGCUGUGGACUCGGCAGCGACAAUUGACUGUGCUGGACUGGCUCCUACAGGAAGGGCGGCCCUUGCUGCUGAGUUUCUUGCGGAGAGCAACCUCUCUCACUUGGAUGCAGCAGCAGCAGCACCAGAAGCAGCAGCUGCUGCGGAACCAUACGCUGUUUCUCUCGGGGCUUUCUACCCUCACUUGGCGUUGGCUGUGGCGGCGCAUUUGCAGCAGCCUCUCGGCUGUCAGGCAGCGUUUCUCUACUUGGAUGGCUAUCGUCAUGCUGCUGCAAGCCCCGAAGGAUUCUUGAGCUCCGCUACCGGUCAGCCUGCGUGGCAGGCAUUGCAGCGGCGUUUCCCGGUGCAGCAGGAGCAGCAGGAGCUGCUGCUGGCCGCUGCUGAUUCCUUGCUGAAGGCCUUACCAUCGUUUCUCCAGGGCCUGUUACUCGUGCUCCAGCAGAGGCAGCAGCAAAUACUGCUGCAUGGAAGUUCGUUCGCCACGUGCGGCGUGGCUGUGCGACGGUCUUCCCAAAAGGCGCUACACCAGCAACACGAAUGGGAUUCAACAGCAGCAGGUGUCAGCAGCAGCCUCUUGGGGCCUGAAGAGCAGAUGGAUUUGCUUUCGGAAUCCAUUGACUUGUGCUGCUCCCAGCAACUGCUGCCGCAACAGCACAAGAAGUUACAAUGCUGCAGCGCAUGCAUCCAAUGGAUGCGGCAGCAGUUCCCGCCGCCAUCCCCUGGCAAGGACCCGCUCAAAAGCAACGAGGGACUAGGGACGCAGCAGCAACAGCUGCUGCAACAUCAACUGGCUGCACUACUGCAGCAACGCACCAACAGCACGGAUGCGGAGAGACAGUGUUGGGCAUGUAUACAGAGCGCUCUUCUGGAGGCGCGUGAGCAGCGUUGCCAGUGA